AGUCUUCAAGAUUCGAAUAGAUCGGACAGAUCUAUCCAGUAUAUAGCCUACAAUUCUAUUAAACGAACUACCGGGAUAUUUUACAAAGUUUUAUCACUAAAGUAGUACGAUGGUAAAGUGACCCUGACAUGCCAUUAAAUGAUGGUAGUAUCGGAAUGUCAUCAAAGUAGGAUCACUUACUUCUGCUGUACGGUGCAGUAACAUGUCGAAAAAUGGAAAUUUAUCCAGUCUUGAGGCCUCUCCGAGACCAAACAGCAUGCCGGAGCAAGACGCGCCCGUUGGCAAACCCACCUCCAAGGAAAUCAUAUUGGUCUUAUGCAUUGCUUUCGUGUAUUUCACCGAGAAAAUCAUUUACUAUGGCAUCGUGACGAAUCUGGUUUUAUUUUGCACGAACGAUCUGGGUUACUCGAGCGCCGACGCUGCGGUCUAUAGUCUUGUUUUCACCGGGACGAAUUACGUCUUCACCAUUUUCGGAGGAUGGCUCUCCGAUUCUUGGCUUGGAAACUAUAACGCUAUCUACCUGGGCUCACUCAUCUGCUUAAUAGGUACUACUAUGCUGCCUCUGAUAGCGUACAAGUGGCCCUUCGUGUAUGGUGCAGCUUAUGGGUUCGACCUGGGGAGCAAGAGGGUAUUCUUCCUCAUAACUCUGACUAUUGUGAAUAUUGGAACCGCCCCCAUCAAGGCAUGCUGUGGACCCUUCGCCUGUGUACAAGUGGAAGAAUAUGGAAAUAGAGCGAUACAGGUCACUUACCAUUGGGUGUAUUUCAUUUCCGAGAUCGCUCCACUCUUCACCUACUCAGUGCUUUCAUACGUCGAGGAAGAGGUCUCUUUUUUCUGGGGUUUCCUUGUUGUUCUCUGUUUCAACAUCGUCGGCAUUUUGGUCUUCGCUACGGGUCGAGAUAUGUAUAAAAUGAGACCACCGAAGGGGAACCAGGCAUUGUUCCAAGUCGUUCGAAUGCUAAAGAGUGCAACAGCAAUGUACUCAGAGAGACACGGUAAAUGUUCUACAAUAUGUUGCAGUUGCUUAUGUUCCUCAGAAUGUUGUUACAGUGGCCAACCUGUCACUGAAACCACUCCACUCUUAACCGAGGUGAAUGAAAAUCAAACCCAGCUUCGUCGAAUGGAUACUACCGGGGGAUCGUUGUCCAGAUCGUCUGAUAACGAUAUUGAUCGAAUCGAAACGAUUCAACAUGGAUUUCUGGAAGAUCUUAAGAUUGAAAAUGGCGGGCCUUAUUCAACAGAAUCUGUGGAAGAAUUAAAAUGGCUGCUCAAUACCCUUCUUGUUUUAUCAGUUGCCAUUCUCUAUAAUACUAUUCGAUUCCAGUACUCUUCUACCUAUCUGCUUCAGGGAGAAAGGAUGGACCUAGAUGGUAUACCAGUUGCCUUUCUGGCCCUCUUUGUACCCCUCUUCGUCAUCCUCACCGUGCCGCUUGUCGACCGCUUCGUCUACCCUUUCCUCGAAUCUCGAGGAGUAAGAGUCACACUGGUCAAACGAAUGGCAUUCGGUCUGGUAUCUGGGCUUUUAUCCGUCCUUUAUGCAGCCCUGGUGGAGGUCAUUCGUAAAUACAAAAUCAGGAAUGGAGGCGGUUUUGACCAGGAAAUAUCGGGAGUCAUUUUUCACGCUUCAUCUCUAUCUAUCCUUGUUCAAAUCCCUGAGUAUAUAUUCAUCGGUAUCGCGGACGUCUUCGUUCUCAUCACAGGUCUAGAAUUUGCCUUUUCCCAGUCUCCAAAAUCUCUGCAAGCAUUCAUCACGGGAAUAUACCUCUUUUACAAUGGAAUCGGCAGCUAUGUAGGAUCUUUACUCGUUAUCAUUGUCAACGCAGCUUCAGCAGGGGAUGAAUGGAUUCCUAACGAUAUCAACAAAGGUCAUCUGGAAUAUUACUUUUUGCUCCUGGCCGGUGUCAUCAUCUUCAACAUGAUCUACCUAUACGUCAUUACCAGGAAUUAUCAAUAUGUGCAGCAAUAUAACAGACGCUCGAGUCAACAGGGUCAAUGAAACAAUUUUGAUUUCAUAGAAUAAUCAUUUAUCUGACUUUUCUUCGUGGCGAAGCGGUUCUGGCUCUCGUCUUGUUAGCAGAGGGUAAUUGUGUGUUCGAAUUCCCCCACGGCCUAGCGUCCCUAAUUUUGCAAUGCGUCAACCCUCACUUUGCCACUCUCCAUCCAGGUUUUAAAAAGUGUAACCGGUAGGAUGCGGAAACCUAUGUUCUAUAUCUAGAAAUUUAGUUUGUAAACUCUUGUUUGAAGGCUUCCCGGGGAGUGGAGAAUGUGCAUACCGUGUAUGCAGACAAGCCAGGACCCGAUGACCGGCGUAUGUAAAGCGCUUUGAGACGUCAUCGCGAUAUUUCAAAACGCUAUAUAUAAAAGCAAGUAUUAUUAUUACUAUCAUUCAUAGAGCAAUCCAAUUUGGACCAUUGUAACCGGGUUAUUUAUAAGACGGUUAACAUGGUUAAUGAGUAAAGUGCGUCCAUAUUACUUUUACCACGAUCAUCAAUUCAACUAGUCUUUCACUGUAAAAUACCGGUGAUGAUUUAACACCAGCCUGGUAUAUCGGAAAACAACAAGGAAGUGUUGAAACAACACCAGAUAAAAAUCAAUCCGAUAUUGGUUUAACACUGAUUAGUGUUAUUUAAUGCCUAUCUGGCAUGUCUGGUGUUAUCCUAAAGCCGAAGUGUUUCAACACCUCGAGUGUUUUCCUAGUUACCGAGCUGGUGUUAAAUUAACAACUGUAUUUUUCAAUUGUACCCGCAUAAUAUAAACAUAUUAUUUCCCGGGGAAUAUCUUAUUAUGAAAAUAAUAGGGGGAUUCGUAUCAUGUUCAAGAAUGUAAUUAACUCAUUCCUUCUACAAGAGAGUGAAAAACAGUGGCAUCGCAUAUUCGUUUAAAAUGAUGAAGAGUUUGUCCUUAAGAAAUAACCAUCAUGGCCAAACCUGUUUCUGCAGUCUUCAGACUUGUCAGAUCAUCGUCCAACCUUGGUUUGAUCACCCAUUGACUUAGGAGGAAGUAUGGUUAGAAUUAAGGACUUGUGAGUGGACUAAUUAUUCUAAAUCUGUAUAUCUCAUGUCAUCAACUUCCCGAUGGGUCAACUAUUAAAUAAUAAUAAUAAUAACAAUAAUAGAACUCUUAAUAUUUACCCAAGGUUAGCCACUCUCAGCUGUAAGCCGUUCUUCCAGGGGCCCUGCACAACAUAAUAUGUUAUUAUUACCCUUCUCCAUUCUCAUACGCCGAGCGCCUGACAAAGAAGGCAGAAGGUCCAUUUUUUAAAGUCUUCGGUAUGACUCGGCCAGGAUUCGAACCCACGACUAUUCAUGUGGAGCUGAGUGACGGAUGUUUAUUCUCGGGCCAGCGCUCUGAACUCUGAAAGUUCACCAAUCGAUCUUUCUUCAGGACCAUGCACUCUCUCUGUGACAUUGUGACUGCCCCCACCGAUUCUGCAGUCCUAAUCACCCACCCUACUUGGCUUGAUGAAUUCAUACAAAGUUGACUCAUGUUUUAGUCUUGAUCAACUUCGGCAUUAGUGAUAUUUGAAUUUGAUUAUUAAAAGGGAACGGUAUACAGGUUUAAAAUGAUGAUUCAUAAGAUUCCUUUGUUGAAUUUUUGGAUCAUACCUGAAACCAUGCAUAAAAAUGUCUAUUAUUGACUAGUACUACUGAUGACUAUAGAAACCAUUUUUGUACGCCUAGUAUAUCAUCCAUGGCUUUCCGCCAAAAUGACACAAUAUGGCGACACAACAAAUAGACCUUAUUAUUUCACUCUUUUGAGUGAGACGGUCUCCACAAAAUGUCCGGUGCGUCCUGAUAACAUGCAGAUCUCACUUUUUCUGACCCACCCCCUCCCGACCCCACUUUCCCUAAAGACUUUUGUACAGGCAGCAUUUUCAUCCGGUAAUUGCUGGUCAUCAUUUUGAAAUGAAUAUUCAUAACGUACUGUCCUAACUGUCCUCUGGAGGAGGGGUGUGUUAAAAUCCCUCCCAGUGAAUGGUGUUAUGCUAUACAAGCAUUGUUUCGAGGGAACAUAACUUUUUUACUUCUUCACCAUUUUCUGUGAUUAAGGUAUCAAAUAAAAGAGCAGAUGUUGAACUUUUU